UGUUGUUGUUGGUGUUGGUGUUGGUGGUGGCUGUGGCUGUGGUGGUGGUGGUGGUGGUGGUGGUGGUGGUGGUGGUUGUUGUUGUUGUUGUUAGACUAACAGCUGCGUGUUGUGUAUUGCAGGAUGCGUUGGUGGUGGUGGAUGUUGACCGAGGACGGGUACUGAAAGAACAGUCCACGCGCCAAGCUAAUGGCACUCCAGGCGGAGGUGUAGUGGCAUUGGCUGUAGGCGAGAGCAGUGCCUAUAUCGCAUGUGGCAUGGCCAAUGGGAAGGUGAGUAUCUGUGUGUUGUAUAUGUAUUAA